AUUAAUGGUUAAUUGGACUUAAAGAUUUAUUACCGGAUUUAUUGGAGCACCUAUAGUCUAUUAUACAAUUCAAAAUCAAUUGGCACUCUGUCUACUUAUUAAUGGUAUCUUAAUAAUCAUAUAACAUUUUAGUUGUUCUAUAUUUAUUACAUGCAGAAUUUCAAAAAUUGAUAUCUAAUGUACUCAAACAUAAUUGUAGUGAUUCUGAUCGUUGGUAUGUAGAAACUAUGGCAUCUUCUUGGGUAUAUUUAUUUAUUUAUUUAUCAAUAGUUCAUUCGUAUUCCAACUCAUUAUUUUAUUACCAUGUCAAUUAUGUAAAGUAAUCCCUUAUGUGUCCAUUUACAUAUGAUAAUAUCCAUAUUCUUCUUACUUCUUGUUAGAUUGAUGAAUUAUCUUAAAAUUAGUGAUUUCUUAAAAUAAAAUGAGAAGUAAUUUUUCAAUCACAAUUUUAGAACUAUUUCAGAUAAAUUUCCUAGUCAAAUGGUUGAAAAGAAAAUAUAAAUGUUAACUUUUUUUUAAAUGUCUGCAGAUAUUGUUUGUAAUUAUAUAUAAUAUUAUAUAGAAUUCAUAUUAUUUGUCUAUCCUCUUAAUUUUGUUUUAAUUGUAUUCUAAUACAAAUAAGCUUAAGCAUUAAAUCUUAUUUGGUUGAUAUCUGCUUGGUAAACUGAUAAUGGAGCUUUGUUUAUGGGUUCCAUGUUUGGAAAAACAUUAUUUUGUCCUAAAAUCUCCCCUAAUAAAACUUGGGAAGGAGUCAGUGGAGGUAUUUUCUUAAGUGUUUUCACUUCACUUAUACUUUCAUAAAUGAAUUUCUUAUCCUUCAUCACUUUAGAUAAUCUCCACACUAAACAUUUCCUAUUAAUUUCAUUGAUUGUUUCCAUAGCAUCUAUUUUUGGAGAUUUGAUUGAAUCAUUUAUCAAAAGAGUAGCUGAUGUCAAAGAUUCUGGCUCACUCUUUCCUGGUCAUGGUGGCAUACUUGAUAGAGUAAAUACAUCUUAUAUACAAUAAUAGCUUGAUUCCCUUUGUUUUAGUGCCCCCUUUGUUUAUCUAUACAUUCAAAUCUUUAUGCAUGACGUUUUAGAAUUGGCCUGAUUAUAUCAUAUUUAAUAUUCAUUUAUUAAAUUCUA